AUGGGAAAUGCGACUGGCACUUUUGGGCACGGUACCAUCAAAGGUACUGGUAUUGCCUUGAUUGUCCUCACUACCUUGGUUAUCGGCGCUCGUUUUGCUGGUUCCGUUCGAAGUUUGAAAGACCUCAAGGCGGAGGACUACCUACUGAUUGUCGCUUACAUAUUCUUCUUGGAACUGAGUAUUCUCUAUAUCUACAUUUCGCCAGUCAUACUGCGGCUAGCCGAAACUGUCUUCUUCGUCACGACAUCUUCAUUAUGGAUCUGCUUAUGGAUGAUCAAGUUCUCACUGUUGGCGAUGUAUAAGCGCUUGUUGGUUGGAAAGAAAUACCUGAUCGCUUGGUGGAUCAUAAUGGGAACUUGUGUUCUGUUUCUUAUUGGCUGCAUUAUCUCCUCGUGGCGCUCAUGCUCGAGUUUUAAAGCCUGGUUUACGGCAGGCAAAUGCAACACCGAACGCGACCACCGGGCGGCUGUCAUCAGCUUAUACUUCGCAUAUGCGGUGGAUAUCCUCACUGACCUAGCAAUCAUGAUCCUCCCCGUUCGCCUUAUCUGGAAUUUGCAGAUGAAACUCCGACAAAAAAUGAGCAUUGGCGGGCUAUUCUGUUUCGGCUGGAUUUGCAUCAUCAUAUCUACCAUCCGCGUCGUCCAGCUGGGUGAGACUGAUAACGGUGUCCCCGCCCCGUCAUGGCUAGCGCUCUGGGGAACCAUCGAGGCAUCAAUCGCUGUCAUGAUCGGCUGUUGCCCUGGCCUCUAUCGCGUGGUAAAAACCGUCGUCUCACCCUCCAAGAAAUCCUAUCCGUACGACUCAUACAACCUACGGGGCCGUGGAGGCAGCGGUAUGCCGUCGCACCGCUCGGGUGCGUACGGGGGAGAUAUUGCUCUCAAUAGCUUCGGGGGAAAGGAGGAGUCAUACCAGUCGGCCAGUGCAUACCGUUCUACCAGUCCGUCAAGUAGCCAGGAGAAACUGGCGCAACCGAGUGAUAAGGGGAAUAUUAUGGUCAACUAUGGAGUUGCCGUGACGAUAGAGGAUCGACCGAGUGAUUAUACCCGGACGGCACGUUUUGCGUAG